AAUCAUAUCAGCUCGAGUGACGAACUUCCUUGUCACACUUUCUCGUAUAGGUCCCAUCGUCCCCGUAUAAUGGGUAUGUUCGCUCCUGCACAGUCAACAGGGAGGACGUGGUCUGAAAGCGUAGACAGAGACUCAAAAUGAGAAGAACGAGACAAUUAUCUGGCUGGAGAAAGCUGUCACACAGCUAGCAUGGUCGGAGCCAGAUAAGAAGAGCAACUCCAAAUGCUAUUCAUGUUCCGCCUAGCCCAAGGACGUACGAGGAAGGCAAACACAGGCGAGACUGGGGACGAGGUGCAGGAUCUUGAUGACAUUUGCCAGAGCCAGGAAAGGGCUGUUGAAAACUAAAGAUAUGAGCUGGGAACACGUUUGGCUAUCAUGUCUUAAUUACAAAAUACUUAUUAUCCGCGGAUAAACUGCAGCGGCACGUCAGAAAUAAAGGCCUCUGAUGGAGGACUGUGCUCUUUAAUCCAGCCAGAAACCUCCCUGACAGGCAGCGACGAGCUACGGCAAAAGGGUGAGGACGCUUUAUUCACAAUUGAAGGGAUUUAUGGGAUCACAAGUUUCCUCUGAUGAGAUGAGUGUGCGUGCUGGCCAGGGCAGUGAUGAGGUGCUGGUUUCACAGGCAGUAUGGGAUUACCUGGCUGCAGCUGGGCGGCCCUGGCUCAUUGACUUCCAGCAAAAGCAGGGGAUGAGUGCUGGUAUCAUUAGGCGAGGAGAGAGGGGUGGCUGCUGCGCCGUGAGACUGCAGCCGGUGGAAAACUCCAGGUAUGGUGGAGCUGUGGUGAUGGAUGGACCCAUCUCCAGUGAGACACGAAAAGCCUUCUUUGACUUAUGCCGCUGUGCCCGCAAAGAAAUGAGCAAACAGGACGGGGGACCCAAGAGGAAGAGGGCUCUGCUGCCUUGUGUGGAAGUCCUAGAGUCAAACGGGGAGGGGAGCCUGCUUCAGCCUCCACCUCCCCAGCCCCGGCGCUCCCAGAGACAGCAGCAGAGGUUCAGGAAGCCUGCUGAUGAGGAGCCCUGCGCCAUGCUCCAUGAGGCAGCCCAGAGGAAGGACAUGAACUCCUGCUUGGCUUCCCAUAGUGAGACGGAGGACAACAGUACUUGUUCAAUCUGCAUGGGGGACAUAGUGGAGAAGACUACCUUGGAGAGGUGUGGCCAUUCAUUCUGUCACUCUUGCCUUGAUCAAGCCUUUAAGGUGAAGAAAGCGUGUCCUGUGUGUCGGCUAGUGUACGGCCUGUUGAUUGGGAACCAGCCUGCUAAUGGUACAAUGAUCGUAGAGCGAGACCCUGAUCUGGAGCUUCCUGGCCAUGAAGGCUUUGGGUGUAUCUGCAUCAUCUACAGCUUCCCUCCUGGCCUACAGGCGCCAGAACACCCCAACCCAGGUGUUCGGUACCCAGGAACAGACCGCGUGGCCUACCUCCCUGACAGCCCUGAGGGGAACCGUGUGCUGGGCCUGCUGCGCCGGGCCUUCGAACAGCGCCUUAUCUUCACCAUCGGUACCUCCAUGACUACGGGCAUGCAAAAUGUCAUCACCUGGAAUGACAUUCACCACAAGACCUCAAUAUUGGGCGGGCCCCGUUGUUUUGGCUACCCAGACCCUACGUACCUGGUACGAGUGACAGAGGAGCUCAGAGAGAAAGGCAUCACGGCGGACUGACAGCCUGAAAAAUGACUCUUCCAAGACUUUUUAGUACUUUCCGAGUGUCCUUGUGGUGGACAUGACUCGGCUCCAGGUUGUGUUCUGAAACUGCCCGUCCCUCAGCAGACACGCUCUUAUGCUGCAGCAGAGUCCACUUCAUUCCCACUACUUAUUCCUCUGUUUGUUCAUUUGUUUCUUCCAUAGUUCAGCUUAACCCAGUGCUACACAUGGAAGAAAACAUGUUGAGUGCAGUGCAUUCUUGUAUAAGACAAUCCUCUACUUGUCACUGUUGGCAACAGGGCCGAUCUCUGAUGCACUUAUUUAAGAGCAUUGUGGGAAGUUGCAAUUCAUGAUACUUAUAUAUUAUUUAGGAAAUCUAACUUAAAUGUUAUAACGACAGUUAUUGUUAUAUUAAUGUUAAUUUCUACUCUGGGGAUUACUUUAUUUCUUACAAGCACAGAUUCUUUGUUUGACCUCCUCAGAAGCGUUUAAGUAUGUCUUGAUUGUUACAAAUUACCUGUUGGGUACUUGGGUUAUAUGGCAGAAUAGCACUGCUUCAAUAGAAAUAACUCAUUAUCAGAAGUUAUGGCGAUCUAAAGCACUCACAGGCACUUUUGUCUUCUUUUCUUUCUCAGUGAAAUCAAGAGUCAUGGUUUUUGUUUUCCUCUGUGUGGAAGAGUGCUCAUAGCAAACAGGUUUGUGCAGCUAUCGGCUAUUAGCAUGGUGGCUACAAGUUGAUGUCAAUUGCUUGGAACUCUUCAUUUGCGUGUGAUGUUCAUUUCCCCCCUCCAUUUUUACUUAAAAAGGAAAACUAUGUCUCUCUUCAGGACCUUUUCUAAAAAAUGUUGUUACAUGCAUUAGGACCUUUUCCUUGUUUUUUUUGUCAUCACUCACUCCUGUUAUUUCAAGAUGUCUCCUAGGUGUUGAGCCCAUUACCUCAGUUGGUAAUGAGCUCAUCUAAUUACCAGAUUUACAACGAUGUCAAAUAUAAAAGGGCAUAUAGACCACUUAAACCAAAUCAAAGGCACAAAACCUCUUUAAAAAUCUAUGCCUCUGUCCCUGUCAAACUAGCAGAUUUGCCUGCUAAUCUUCUCAUUUAAAAUGAAGUCACUGUUGUCAAUUUGUUAAUCUAAAUAGAUAAUCUACAAUAGUGAAAAAAUAACAAAAGAAAAUGUUACGGGAACAACUGAUCUGAAUUAGGUUGGGGGUAAUCUUAUUUUUUUGUGCCUUUCUUAUAUUCACUUUUGAUAAAAAAAAAAAAAAAUCAAGCAUGAUGUUACUAAUGAAUGGUAAGCAGUUAAGGCAUAUUUUGUUGUUAGUUGAUAGGUAAAGAUCAUUAUGUCUGUAGUUAUACUAUCUGGCUUUAAGUACAAAUACUAUACAGUUCAUGUCUACUAAUGCGUAUUCAAUUAUCUUCUCCUUCAUAAACAUUCAUGUAGUCCAAAUGCUGAAAAAAACCCUCUGAUUGAUGAAGCUUAUGUGUGAAAGUGCUUUGCUAAGUACAGUAACCUGCUUGGCUAGUGGUUCAUUUGUCAUUUAUUUGACAGGUCAGAUCCAUACAUCAAUUACCCUUUUUUAUGUUUUCAUCCCUUUGUAUUUUAGUUAAGGGACCAACUGAAAUAUUUUGGGACACAGGAUUGUAGUUCACUAAAGCUACUGUGCAAACAUUUCUAUGCAUUACAUGACUGAGGAGGAGCCGGGAGAAUAGUUGGAAAGAUUACACAUAUUACAAAUUGAUUGUUAAGAAAGGGUUGGGUGUUUUGCUUUUCUAAUUGUGUUGAUUCGUACUUUGUUAUUCAGAAUAAUGUGCUUUACAUUUUAAUACUUGAAUAAAAAGUUAUGUUUGG